AUGGACGGGUCUUGCAAACUCCGCCCGUUCGUGAUUGGAAAAAGCAUGGCUCCACGCUGCUUCAAAAACUGCAGAAGCCUUCCCGUCCAAUACGGGUUCAACACUAAAGCAUGGAUGACGCGGCAACUGUUUUCGGAGUGGCUACAAGCAUGGGACAGCGAGUUGGGCAGGUCUAAUCGUCGCGUAUGCCUUCUCCUGGACAAUUGCUCGGCGCACCACACGACAUGCAAGCUGCACAACAUUGAAGUGAGGUUUCUCCCGCCCAAUACGACGUCAAGGCUUCAGCCCCUUGAUCAGGGUAUCAUAAAGGCAUUCAAGGUAGGCUACCGGAGGCGUCUGCUUCAGCGCCUCCUGAUUAAUCUUCGAAUGGGUGUGGACCUCAAGAUCGACCUGCUGGGUGCCAUACAAAUGAUGACCGGUGCCUGGAAUGACGUCAAGCGUGAAACAGUAGCUAACUGCGUUCGCAAAGCGGGCUUCGUAGCAGUUGCAGACGAGGCGUGUGCGGAUGCCUUGGACGAUGACGACUUCGAGUACGCUCUUGACGACGAGCUUCGAAAGGUCGCAGAGUUCCCAGAAGCCGUUCCCACUGAUCUGACGGCACAUGAUUUUGUAAGCGCCGACGACAAUGUGCACGUUGUGGCAGAGAUGACGGAUGCGGACAUCAUAGCGGACGUUGCUGGUGACGACGGCGAUUCAAGCGGCGAUGAAGGCUCACUCGGAGGUGUUAACAGCGACGAUGUCAUGCCCACAGCCACCGAGAUCGCUUCGGCUUUCGCUACCAUUCGUCGCUGCUGCAGGGCAAUAGAAGGAGCUGGACUUUCUCAUUUAGGAGGCCUAGAGAAGAUCGAAAAUAGUGUAAUGGACUUCAUGGCUCGCAACAAGAGACAAGCCCAACUCACGGAGUUCUUUCGUCCCAAAUAA